AUUUGUAUUUACAGGCUAAAUUUCAUUCACUCGCACAAUACAGUACACCAUGCUGAAUCGUGCGUUGCGAAGCAUCGUGCGGCCGCAGCGGAAUCGGGGGUCUCAGCUGCAUCGGUGUCAUGGAACAGUGGUGAGCUACUACGACAGCCAAUCUGGCCAGCAUGUAACCUAUACGGACGCUAUUCACAUCCACGGCCUUCACUUUGGGUCGUUAGACGAGGUCACGACUAGUGUCCAAGGCCUCGACUCCAUCACCGCGACCCACGCCAACAUCAAGACACUUCCACUGGAACAUGGAAAGCCUGUAUACUUGACGUAUCCUCCAUGGACCCCUUCCUCGUCGUCACCUCCUUUAGCAGUCAACCUUUCUUGUACAUCUCCACGUGAGGACUGGAACGACGUCCUCGCGCAGUGUGCUGCCGCCACGAAGCUUGGACUUCCUAUCAAGGCCACACUCGCCCAUGCAUUUGCCUCGUCCGAUGUCACGAUCCAAUUGGCCGGGAGCUUACUUGCAGAUGCAGGCGUGGGGAUCAUCACGCUGGAUGACAGCGUGGACCAGUUGGCGGACGAAGACAACCUGCUCGAAGCCUUCGAAGCCCUCACGUGGUGCGACGUGGUGGGACUGCCCAUGAAGCAGCGCAUCGGUUUCCGCGGCUCCGCUCACACGUCCGAGGACCUUCUCCUUCUAGCCGUGCAGGAACACGAGAUCAAGCACUUCGACGUAUGCCUUCAAGGCGGAGUUCACGCUGUGACGCCAUCCCACCUCGCGCAAGUGCUCGAUACCGCGGGUGUCCCCCAUCACCUUGUCCUUUAAUACAAGGUCAACUUUGGCUUCUAGUAUUUGCUUGAUCGCCUCUCGUAUGCACCUACGUUCCCUUGUUCACCCUGCACCUACGUCCUCCUGCACUCGCC